AUGCCGGAUGCAGUUGCACAAGAUGUGCUUAGCCUUUUGUGGAACGCUACCCGGGAUCGGCGCCUAUUUGAGGAUGGGUCUGAUAUUCAGAUCGAUUAUCCUACAGGUUGGAGGCUAUGGGUAAUUACAAUAGGUCUUCUCAUCGGCCUCUAUCUGGUCAACCUCGAAGUGACAAUUGUGAGCACCUCGCUUGUCAGUAUCACAAAUGAUCUCGACGGCUUCAAGAAAACAAGUUGGGUUGUUACGGGCUUCUUGACAACAUACACUGGAUCAUAUUUCGGUCACUACAAGGUGCAGGAGGUGCAGGAAUUUACUCGCUUGCCAUUUUAUGUAUCUGUUACUAUUGCGCUCGCGUCCUUGACUGGCCCCAUUUUCGGUGGUCUUGUGGCGGAGAACUCGGCAUGGAGGUGGGCCUUUUAUCUGAACCUCCCACCAGGAGGAUUGGCAGUCCUCAUGUUAAUCAUUGCAAUGCCUUCGGACUUUGGAACCAUAAACCCACAGCCAUUAUCUGCCCUAAUACCAAGCUAUUCCCUCUUCCAAAGCCUCGAUGCGCUAGGCUCCUUCCUGCUACUGGGUGCAUCUCUUCUGCUGGUCACGGUAUUAAACGAAACAAAUAUUGAGUUCGAUUGGUCUUCGGGAACUGCCAUUGCCUUGAUAGUUCUUUCUGGGGUUAUGUGGGUUGCAUUCUUUGCAUGGGAGUGGUUUAUGCCUGGUUACCUACCGGGUCUGAAACCGAUAUUUCCGAAGCGGUUCUUCCACAAUAAAGCAUGGAUGGGAAUGUUGGCCACCAACUUCCUUUGCGGCUGCCCUUGGAAUGUAGUCAUCGUCUACCUGGCCCAAAGAUUCCAGCUCAUCACCAGGCUCGAGCCCCUUGAUGCUGGUGUUCACAUCAUACCAUAUGCCGCAGUUGCAACAGUGGCUACUAUGGUAACAUGUCUAGCGAGCCGCAAACUCCGAAUACCUGUGGUUUACUUCUCGCUGAUUGGAUCUAUGCUACACACCAUUGGCAUGGCGCUUUUAACAACCCUCCCAGAGAACUCAUCUUACCCUGCAAAGGGAUAUGGAUUUGAAGCCAUCGCUGGUGCCGGUGUGGGAAUUACAAUCGGUAUUUUGACAUUGGCUGUGCCAUUUAUUGUCGAAGCGAGAGACUUAGCUACGGCUACGGGAGCUCUCAAUCAAGCUCGAUUCCUAGGCGGAGCGAUUGGAUUAGCCAUUGCGUCAAACAUCCUCUAUGGGAAACUCAAAAGCGAUUUGCCCGAUAAUUUGCCCUCCGAUCAGGUCAAUCAAGUCAUCGAAAGAGCUGGUGUUUUAGAUACCCUGCCAGAGAAGGUUCAAAAGGCAGCAGGAACCGUCUUUGCCCAGAGCUAUACGGUACAGUUUCAGGCUAUGAUUGCCUUUGCUGCCUUGCAAGUUCCAGCAUCCUUGUUGAUCUUUAAGCGUGGGCGGCAAUACGUUGCCACAUAG